AUGGAUGAUGAUGAUGCCGAUUAUAUGCAAGGAAGUGAUGACGAUGAUUUCAACUACUCCGGAGACGAGGGAGAUCAAGAUGACGAGGAUAAUGUUGAUGUUGAAAAUAUGUACUAUAAGGCCAAAUCCAAGAAGGAAGACAAUCCAGAAGAGGCUCUGAAGGAGUUUAGGACUAUUGUAGAUCAAGAGGAUGAAAAGGGCGACUGGGGUUUCAAAGCUCUCAAACAGAUGACAAAGUUGCUUUUCCUGCAAAUGAAGAGACCGACUGAAGCUUUGAAGACCUACACAGAACUCCUCACUUAUACCAAGUCGGCUGUGACACGUAAUUAUUCCGAAAGGUCGAUCAAUGGCAUUCUCGACUACGUUGGUGGUGGAAAGGGUGGCGUUGUUGAGGUUGACAUUCUGGAGAAGUUCUAUCAAGCCACGCGCAAGGCGCUGGAGGAGGCUAAGAACGAGCGUCUUUCAGUCAAGACAAAUUUGAAGCUUGCCAAAUUGUGGCUAGACCGGAAAGAAUUUGCUCGUCUAUCGAAGCUUAUACGAGAUCUUCACAACGCGACCGCAGCAUUGGGGGAUGCAGACGAUCAAUCGCAACGCGGAACACAAUUGCUGGAGAUCUAUGCCUUAGAGAUUCAGAUGUAUAACGAAACUCGAAACUUCAAGAAGCUAAAGGAAAUCUACAACGCCAGUAAUGCCGUUCGGUCAGCUAUACCGCAUCCCAGAAUCAUGGGUGUCAUCAAAGAAUGCGGUGGGAAGAUGUGGAUGGGUGAGCGACAAUGGAAUCGGGCCAGUGAAGAUUUCUUCGAGUCUUUCCGCAAUUAUGAUGAAGCUGGUUCACCCCAACGCAUUCAAGUCCUGAAAUAUUUGGUGCUGGCGAAUAUGUUGACCGGUAGUGAGGUCAACCCUUUCGACAGCCAGGAAACAAAGCCAUAUAAAACGGACCCGCAAAUCAAGGCUAUGACGGAUCUGGUGGAUGCCUACCAGCGCCGAGAGGUGCACCUUGCGGAAAAGAUUCUGAAAGAUAACCGUUCGACAAUUAUGGACGAUAACUUCAUUAGGUCGUACAUUGGGGAGCUGCUUCGGAGCUUGCGUACACAAUACCUGAUCGACCUUAUCAAGCCUUACACUCGUCUUGAACUGUCUUUCCUUGCCAAGCAACUCAAUGUCGCGACAGAGGAAGUCGAAGAGCUCCUCAUUGGCCUGAUCCUAGAGGGCAAGGUCGAAGGGCGUAUCGACCAAGUCGGGAUGAGACUUGAACUUGACCGCAAGCAAAGUCUCGAGAAGAAACGAUACGCGGCGUUGAAUAAAUGGACUGAUGCACUGGAAUCUGUUCAUGGCGCAGUUGUUAGCAAGACGGCCAAUACAAGUCGCGGACAAGACCCUGGAAUGCUUGGAGGAGAGGUCUUCGCCCUACGAGAUGACAGAUGGUCUUGA